AUGGAAGCGGCAUCGUCGAUCAGGGCGUCGAUGGUGAUGAUGGCGGUGUGGGUGUGCCUGGUCCUGCUUCUGGGCACGGGCCGAGCAGCCUCGCAGAGCGUUGAAUCGGUCGACCCAGGCUUGGACGCUCCCUACGCCUCCGACUACAGCCUGUCCGCCCCCAACUACACGCGCCUUGCUGGCGCGCUGGUCCCCCACGCAUAUGAUGAUGGGAUCAGCGCCCCAGCCAGGCCAGACGGCCCCAACGCGCGCCUGGUCAGCAACAAGCUCUUCUCGCGGCUCGCCAAGUCCAACAAGCUGCUCACCAACGAUCUGCAAACGAUCUGGGGCCAGCUCAUCGUGCUCGACGUCUGCAACACCCUGCGAGGGCCGAAUUUGCUUGGUGCGCAGUACACCGCGUUGAGGGGAGGCCGCAACUACUCCAUAGAACACUUUGGCGUCCCCAUUCCCACCGACGACGUGUUUCUGAACCCGUAUGCCGAGGAAGACCUGGAGUGCGCGGUGGAGCGCUCGGCGCCCUACCCGCCCACCAUGGACGUCGGGCAAGUCCGCCAGCAGAUGAUGGACAUCACCGGCUGGAUCGACGCCGGCUGGCUCUACGGCACUUCUGGCAAGAACGGUGCUGGGCCAUUCUCCUGGGCGCAGAUCCGCGAAGACAGCGGCGUAUCGUGCAAGCUGAACAACGCCAAGUGGAUGGCGCCCUCUCUGUUCGGUCUGCAUUUCACGCCCGAUUCGGGAACGACGCCCAUCUGGAAGAUGAGAGGUGACCUGCGUACCAACAAAACGCCCGAUCUCAUUUCACUUACCGAGGUGUUUGGUCUCGAGCACAACCGCCUGUGCGACGAAUUCGCCGCGGCCCACCCCGAAUGGGAUCAGGAACGGCUCUUCCACGAAUCUCGCAAAUGGGUCAUCGCCUACCUGCAGAAGAUUUCCACUCGCGAAUGGCUGGCUGCGGAGAUGGGCUCCCCCCUCAACUCCACCCACUACAGCUUGUACGGCUACGACGCCACGGUCGACCCGAGGAUAGAGAAUUUCUUCUGCUCCGUCGCCUUCCGCUAUGGACACUCACAGGUGAAUUCCCACAUUCCUCUGCUCAACGAUGACUACCAGGAAAGCGAACUGGGCAAUGUCCUCGUGCGGGACUGGUAUUUCGCCACCAAGAAGAUGAUGGACCUGGACAUGGCCCCGUCCCUCCUGCGCGGCCUUACGGUCACCCGCCAGGGCCUUGUCGACACCUCAUUUGUCGAUGAUCUCCGCAACUACAUGUUCUCGUCGGUGGCGUUCACCCAGUUCCAACAACAGGAAGCGUGCCCGGACUUGGCCGCAACCAACAUUCAACGCGGCCGCGAUCACGGCAUGCCAAACUACAACGCGGCGCGUGAGGCGGUCGGCCUGGAUCCCGUCGACGCCUGGAGCGAUCUCAUUUCCGACGCCGAACUCCUCGCCCUCGUCGAGUCGCUCUACCCGGAUGGCCCGGACUCGGCCGACCCGUAUGUGGGCGGCCUCCUCGAAGAGCACGUCCCCGGAGCGGCUGUUGGAGCUCUCUUCCGAGCAGUCGUCAUGAACCAGUUCGAACGACUGCGCAACGGCGAUCGUUUCUGGUACGAACGAAAGGGCAUGUUCUCUGCCAACGAAUUGACUCAGAUCUACCAAACGACUCUCAUGGACAUCGUCAACCGCAACAUGAACGUCAGCAAGUGGGGUACCGUGCCCGGCGACACCUUCUUCCUCCGGCAGCGCUACCUCGCCAACAUCGGUACGAGGCGACCAGUUCUUCUCGGGACUGGGCGACUACGAUCACUUUGUGGAGCUGUCCCCGGCCUACCGCCUGUCAUGGACGCCCAGAGUGGCCAGCAACGAAAUCGACCUCAUGAUCCAGGUACCAUUCAUUUUUCAUCGCACACGCACGCACGCGCACGCACACGCACACGCACGCACUGA